AUGAAGGAUUGGGUAACGCAGUCAGCCCAACUCAUCACCCUAGUCAUCAUCACUCCACUCGGAAUCCAUGGCGAACCACACGAAAUCCCUGGAAUCCAUGGCGAACCACACGAAACCCCUGGAAUCCAUGGCGAACCACACGAAACCCCUGGAAUCCAUGGCGAACCACACGAAACCCCUGGAAUCCAUGGCGAACCACACGAAACCCCUGGAAUCCAUGGCGAACCACACAGAAGCCCUGGUGGCAAACCACUGAGUCGCCAUGGAAACCGACCAAAGGUUGGUGGGAAACAACCCGAAGACCCUGGUGGCAAACCACGGAGUCGCCAUGGAAACCGACCAAAGGUUGGUGGGAGACAACCCGAAGACCCUGGUGGCAAUCCACGGAGUCGCCAUGGAAACCGACCAAAGGUUGGUGGGAGACAACCCGAAGACCCUGGUGGCAAUCCACGGAGUCGCCAUGGAAACCGACCAAAGGUUGGUGGGAGACAACCCGAAGACCCUGGUGGCAAUCCACGGAGUCGCCAUUGAAACCGACCAAAGGUUGGUGGGAGACAACCCGAAGACCCUGGUGGCAAUCCACGGAGUCGCCAUGGCAACCGACCAAAGGUUGGUGGGAGACAACCCGAAGACCCUGGUGGCAAACCACUGAGUCGCCAUGGAAACCGACCAAAGGUUGGUGGGAGACAACCCAAAGACCCUGGUGGCAAACUACGGAAUCGCCAUACACAGUGAAAAAGAAGUAAAGUUAAGCUACACAUAAACGCUAGAAACUCUGGGAAAUAAGGCAUGGUUAAUUUUACUGAAAGUGGACAAAAUCGUUUACGUUUACUCAAUAUUCUUUGCAGUUAAUUGGUUAGUUAUUUGGAGUUCUACUGUUGUAAUCAAACUUAAUAAACUUUUAAUCAUGCA